AUGAUGCGACCUCGCCCUUCGAUGUGUAGCCGCCGCAUCAUUUGCAGCAGACCUUUUUCAACAACGCCAUCACAAGCCGAACCGUCACAAAAUGCGCCAUGCCCACCCGAAGCUGGGUUUGCUAGACUUACCAAUCGCGGCCUCAUCUCCAUCACCGGAAUCGACAGCGCAACAUUUCUCCAAGGCCUAAUUACACAAAAUAUGCUCGUUGGAAAGCCUCCGAAUAAAAGUGUUCGACGCACAGGCUCGUACGCAGCUUUUCUCAAUUCCCAGGGCCGAAUUCUUAACGACGCUUUCAUUUAUCCCCUCUCCAGCGCAGAUGGUAAUAGCGAAUGGUUGGUCGAAGUGGACAAGAAUGAGGUCGUGACUCUUAUGAAGCAUCUUAAGAAACACAAGUUGCGCGCGAAGCUGAAACUACGCGCCCUCGAGGAUGGCGAGCGCACCAUUUGGUCGUCGUGGAAAAGCCACUCUCAACCCCGAUGGGCAGAAUACAAUAUGGAAUCUGAGUCUGUACCGCCAUUCGCUGCUAACCCAGAUGUCACUGGAUGCAUUGACUCGCGAACCCCAGGCUUUGGUUAUCGUAUUGUCACUCCAGGAUCUGAAGACCUGCGCCGUCAUUUCUCAGAUGAGACGCAACUUGCCGGAUCAGAGGUUGGAUUGGACUCAUAUACAGUGCGCCGGAUACUGAAUGGCGUUGCUGAGGGACAGACUGAGAUUAUUCGGGAAUCAGCGCUGCCGAUGGAGUAUAACAUGGACAUGGGACGGGCAAUUGAUUUCCGAAAGGGCUGCUAUGUUGGCCAAGAGUUGACUAUCCGUACUCAUCAUACCGGUGUUGUGCGUAAGCGUGUUUUGCCGGUGCAAUUCUACUCUGAUAACUUGGAUCUGACUGAUGGGCCGGUUUAUGAUCCCUCGGCUCAACUCUCCUUGCCACCCAGUGGAUCUAAUAUCAUGAAGGCUGGUGGUCGUCGGGGCCGCAGUGCUGGAAAGGUUUUGAACGGCGUGGGAAACAUUGGCCUGGCAUUGUGUCGUUUGGAGGUGAUGACCGAUGUUGCUCUUACAGGGGAAGCUACUCAGUACACACCAGAAAGUGAAUUCAAGGUCUCAUGGGCUACUGAGACGGAGGAAUCGGAAGUCAAGCUACAAGCCUUUGUUCCGUCAUGGACAAAGGACUUCAUAUAUAACGGAGGCGUUAGGAAACCAGCUCCCCGGCCUAUUGAGGCUGAUGUCGAAAGAGCCCGCGUCCUUGUUGAGCAUCUGGAGGAAGAGGAGUCACAGCGCCGGACAGACUAA